ACAGAGGAGUUCCUUGCCUGUUUACAGUUCAAUCUAUAUAAUAUGGUAUAACACUAUUCUCAUUCACGGCAUAUUAGAAGGCUGAGAGAUGGCAGUACUUAAGAUUUAUGUCUUGGCUUUGGCAUUACUAGUAAUAUCAGUUGAAAUUCCAGUAACAUUAUCUAGUGAUCAUCAUCUAGUGUAUUCCGCAGCAAAUGAUGAUCAAAGUUGCAGUGAUAAUUUACAAAGUUUAGUAGCACAGUGUACUAACUAUGUAAUGAAGUUGGUACCAAGAAUUGCACCAUCUACUGCAUGUUGUUCCAUCGUAAACAAGAUUGAUUCUGGUUGUGUUUGUAGCCAUGUCACUAAAAGGGUGGAAAGUCUAAUCAGUAUGGACAAAGCUGUUUUCGUUGCUAAUUAUUGUGGUAGACCACUUCCUCAUGGAUCCCAGUGUGGAAGUUAUACAGUUCCAGCUGCUUGAAAAUUGUGAGCAGAGAAGAAAGAAGAAUAGUUUUUACUUGGGGUUAGAAAUCAAUGUAAUAAAUGACUACGGUUAAUCACCAUAGUCAUAUAUUUAACACGAUUACAGCGUUACAUAAUCAGAUAAACCCUGUCUAUGGCAUAAUAAACCCUGUCUGGCUAAAAUAA